CACAACCAAUUAAGUGCAACCUUAUACGCAGUAUUAUAUUAUCCACUUGGUUUAGCUAAUUAAAACCCUAGAAAAUGAGCAGUGAUAAGGUUCCUAAAGUAGCAGUGGCGGUUUUCAUACUGAAAGGCGAGAAGGUGUUGGUCGGAAAGCGCCUCGCCGGUGCUGGCACUUCUUGUUUCUCCGUUCCUAGUGGUCACCUUGAAUUUGGGGAGGUUUUUGAAGAGUGUGCAGCAAGAGAGGUAAUGGAAGAAGCAGGGUUAGAGCUGAAGAACAUAGAGACUCUGAAGGUGAUAAACCAUGUGUUUCACAACGAAGCUAAACCAUCCCACUACGUAGUACUCAUGAUCCGAGCAGAACUGAGGGAUCCUCAUCAGAUUCCAGAGAACGUUGAACCAGAUUGUUGUGAGGGUUGGGAUUGGUAUGAGUGGAACCAUAUGCCAAAGCCACUUACUCCUCCACUUGAAAUCAUUCUCAAAUCUGGGUUCAAUCCCUUUUCUGCCAACGUCCACAAUUAAUGUUUCAAUCCCUUCUCAGUUCUCAACAAACAAUAUAAUGGUUGUUCACUUGUUGUCAACCUCAUUUAAUUUCAAAUUUCAUAUACAAGUAGAUUGAAUAAAUCCUAUAUAUUGUUAUACUAUUUUUCUUUUCAAUUUGAAUGAUAUAAAUAAACUGUAUUGUUGUA